GAAUGGGUCUCCACAUAGUUUUCACUUCUCCAAUAGAUUUUGUUUCUCCCUCUCCUCCUCGGCUCCUCCUUUAAAAAUUACCUGCGCUCUGUUUCAUUUCAGAGACAGAGAUAGAGAGGAAGGAAAAACCGAAGCCAUGGAUCGUUCAAAAGUUCAAGAGAUUAUAGAACAGCAAGUAUUAACAGUAGCAAAAGCAUUUGAAGAAAAACUUGAUGAUGAGAUAUCAGCAUUAGAUCGUGUUGAUCUUGAUGAUAUUGAUGCAUUAAGAGAAAGAAGAUUACAACAGAUGAAGAAAAUGGCUGAGAAAAGAAAUCGUUGGAUCUCUCUAGGUCAUGGUGAAUAUAGUGAGAUCCAAUCUGAAAAAGAUUUCUUUACUGUUGUUAAAGCUAGUGAACGUGUUGUUUGUCAUUUCUAUCGGGAGAAUUGGCCUUGCAAGGUGAUUGACAAGCACAUGGCGAUUCUGGCGAAAAAACACAUAGAGACUCGAUUUGUGAAAAUUAAUGCCGAGAAAAGUCCUUUUCUGGCUGAGAAGCUUAAGAUAAUUGUACUUCCAACUCUUGCCCUUAUCAAGAAUACCAAAGUCGAUGACUACGUGGUAGGAUUUGACGAGUUAGGAGGGACAGAUGAUUUUAGCACCGAGGAGCUUGAAGAGAGAAUUGCAAGAUCUCAAGUCAUAAUAUUUGAAGGUGAAUCAUCGUCUCUAAGCCUGUCCAAGCCCCAUACUAGAAACGUACGCCAAAGCCAGCGGUCAGAUUCAGACUCAGAUUAAAUUCAUUAUUUCCGUGUUUAUAACCCUGAGAAGUGGUGCUUUUUAAUGUAUGUAUUGUUCAUGUUGGUUUGGAGGCAUAUAUCUCCACCAAAAUAUUUAAUGUAUGACAUAUUACUAGCGCUAGUUAAAUGAGUGUUUUUCUCAUCCCUUUUUUUUUUUGAUUCAAAAAGAGAUUCAUUACAUCUUGUAAUAUCCCCCCUGUAUCCAUGAAACGAUACCAGGCGGGAAAUUUUCCACAUACUCAAAAGUGAUACCAGAGCUUCUACAUUUCUUAGCCA